UCAAGACAUUAUGUAAUGUAAGCAUAAUGUAUUGAUCGUGUGUAAGAGAGAGCUAAAUUAGAUGUGGUGUUAGACGAGGUCAGCAUAAAGUCAUAACAAUUUAUAAUCUUUUAAUUACUUUUUUUUAUAACAUCGAUACUGAAGUUAAAUCAAUGUACUGUCUCACAUCAUUGAAGUAUUGAAGUAUAAAAUUCGAUUUUACACGGCUGACUGGCCUUAAACACUUUUGAUACGACCCCUAGCGAGUCACAACCGAUAUUGUACACUGGUGAUAUAGCACAGUGAUCAUGCCGUUACCGCUGGUUUUGUCUUUGGUGUUACCGACCAGCACAUGAAAUAUUUCAUAAAUUAUGCAAUGAAAACACAACAGUCUUCGAAAUACUAGGAUUCAGAAUGUACAAGGGAUUCGACGGAGGGCAAUGUGGCGCGAAUAUGCGCGUGUUGUGACGGACACGUCUUUUGACAAGUGUUGACAGGAGCCAGUGCAGUAGUGAGGAUCUACCUGUGAUUGCAUUCCUCGCAGCCCGAGUAUAACGGUUUCAGUAUGUAAUACCCACUGUGGGAUAUUUCACGUACAUGUGUGUUUUUCCUUUGUUCAUUGAUCGAUGUCACAACAAACAUCGCCCGGAUGAACCUCCUUUUAGAAAAAUAUAGGAUACUAGGCAAAAAAGGAGAAGGUACCUUUUCAGAGGUAUUAAAGUGCCAAAAUAUUAAAGAUGGGAGUUACGUAGCAUGCAAAAAGAUGAAGCAAACAUAUAACAGUAUAGAACAGGUGAACAACCUGCGAGAGAUUCAAGCCAUGCGACGACUGAGUCCUCACGCAAAUGUUCUCGAGCUUCAUGAAGUCAUCUUUGACAAGAAGUCGGGAACUCUAGUCCUUGUUUGUGAACUGAUGGAUAUGAAUAUUUAUGAGUUAAUACGAGGUAAAAGACAUUACCUACCUGAGGGGAAAGUGAAACAAUAUAUGUAUCAACUUCUUAAGUCAGUAGACCAUAUGCAUAGGAAUGGUAUUUUUCAUCGUGAUGUGAAACCUGAAAAUAUAUUGAUUAAGGAAGAUUUGCUCAAACUAGCAGACUUUGGAUCUUGCAGAAGUGUAUAUUCAAAACAGCCAUACACAGAAUAUAUCUCUACAAGAUGGUACCGAGCACCUGAGUGUUUGUUAACAGAUGGAUACUAUACAUACAAAAUGGACAUAUGGAGUGUUGGGUGUGUGUUCUUUGAGAUUCUCAGCUUACAUCCACUGUUCCCAGGGUCUAACGAAGUUGACCAGAUUGCAAAGAUCCAUGACAUCAUGGGUACCCCUGACCCCAGCAUACUCAACAAGCUGAAAAGGUCUCGAGGAAUGAGUUUUAACUUCCCUGCCAAGAAAGGCUCAGGCAUUGAGAGGUUGUUACCGAAUGUGUCUCAAGAAGCGGUAGAGCUCAUCUAUUUAAUGUGUACAUACGACCCCGAUGAACGAAUCACUGCCAAAGAGGCAGUUAGGCACCAUUACUUCAAGGAACUGAGGGAUGCUGACCGAAGAGCCGCAGCAGCUGCUAAAGCGCGGCAUGUGGAUGAGUCCAAAAAGGUCAUUGAGGUAAUCAAGCACCCGUCCAACCCACCAAUGGAGGAAGUUAAACAGGAAGAAGAAAACACUUCGAUUUCCCUUCAAGCCGUGCCCGAGAUGAAAACUUACUCAUCGGUACCCAAGGCUCAGUCUCUGCCACUGCCGCACCACAUGUACCGGGAACGCAGACGGCGGAAACACAAACGGUAUGCCGAAAGUCAGCAAUUUCCGAAUCACACUGGAUUACUUCCUCACAUGCCAAAACAGUUGCCUUCGUACAACCCUUCAUAUCACAGCACAUCAUUUGCUUCUUCGUUCGGCAAGUUCAACGCCACCAACACCACAAUGUUUCCAACUAUCAAUAAUGUUAACACGUUCAAGCCACAUAAGGCACAGACAAAACCAACCAAAAGUUUUUAUGGAACUUAUACCCUCCCAUCUCUAGACAGGAGAUUUUAACCCAUUUUGCAAGUUACUGUUACCAUUGUGCCAACUUAUACUUGUUUAUUUCUAAAAGUGCUCAUCUUGUCUUGCAUUUUGUCUGCUAUGUCCCUUCACUCAGUGACAAGCUGUUUUGUCAUUGUCUGGUCACAUGACUGCUGGCUAUCAUGGUGUGAUGCAAGGGAGAUAACUUCAUCAUCAAGCGGAGUUUUAUCAAUGCUGAGUGAAAAGUUUUGCAUGUCUCAGAUUGAAGCUUGAAAUUUUUUUUUAAUUAAUGAAAAGAUAAUUUGUACAAUCAGUUAGGUUUGCAAUUGUUAUUUGUCCAGUAGAUAAUCUAAUAUUUUUGUAUGGCAGGCCUUAAUAUUUAUAAUGUAAGAUAAUGAAUUGUUUCCAUAUUUUGGAUCAAUACAGUUCUUUCUAAAUAGUGUAAUGAAACUAAAUUUCAAUUUACCUGACAUAUAUAUGUGUGACCAACAUAGGAGUAUACCUUGUUUAUAAAAGAGCCCAUAAUUAUAUAACUUCAGAGUCUGGACUUGAAAGAAUUUAAAUUCAAACAAAUUAGAGUUUGUAUUGCAUCGAUUUCAAGCCUAAGUUUAUACCUUUAAAUUGUGUAAGCAUGGUGCCAAGGUUCACUGUUAUAAUAUAAAAUAUAUCCUGAGUACAUUUUAUUGACAAAUAUUUUAUCAUAUUUAAAUAUAAAUGAAAAAUAAAUUCUGCUAUUUUAUUAUUAAAAAUGUCUUUAGAUUUUAUAUUAAAGAGUUUUAAAAAUCAUGCUUGGUUUAAUGUUAAUUGAUUCUAUAUGGCACAUUGCAGAUGACCGAGUUACUCUAUAAACUGAUAAAUAAUUGUGUGGAACCCAAUUAUAUAGUUAAACAUAUGUGACACAUUGACUUUAGUAAGCAGUAAGGUUUUACUAAUUUCUAAGUCCACAUGUUAUAAUUGUCUAAAGUUACAGUCUGUAAAGAGUUUCCAGGUUUAUCGUUGGUUGUCCAACAAUCUCCUAUAUUCUCUCUCCAAAAUGUAUGAUAUUGCUUUGCAUACAUAUUACAUUCUGAAUUGGUUGUUCAAAUGUCCGAUGUUCUCUCUCCAACCAUUUCCUAUAUUCUCUGUCCAAACUGUAUGAUAUUGCUUUGCAUACAUAUUACAUUCUGAAUUGGUUGUCCAAAAUGUCCGAUGUUCUCUCUCCAACCAUUUCCUAUAUUCUCUGUCCAAAAUGUAUGAUAUUGCUUUGCAUACAUAUUACAUUCUGAAUUGGUUGUUCAAAUGUCCGAUGUUCUCUCUCCAACCAUUUCCUAUAUUCUCUGUCCAAAAUGUAUGAUAUUGCUUUGCAUACAUAUUACAUUCUGAAUUGGUUGUUCAAAUGUCCGAUGUUCUCUCUCCAACCAUUUCCUAUAUUCUCUGUCCAAAAUGUAUGAUAUUGCUUUGCAUACAUUCUGAAUGGGUUGUCGAAAAUUUCCCAUGUUCUCUGUCCAAAAUGUAUGAUAUUGCUUUGCGUACAUUCUGAAUUGGUAUUUCUAAAAUGUCCUACGUUCUCAGACCAAAAUGUAUAUUACUUUAUAUACAUACUGAAUUGUUUGUCCAAAUUUUUUUAUGUUCUCUGUCCAAAAUGUAUGAUAUUGCUUUGCAUACAUUCUGAAUUGGUUGUCCAAAAUGUCCUAUGUUCUCUGUCCAACCAUUUCCUAUAUUCUCUGUCCAAAAUGUAUGAUAUUGCUUUGCAUACAUUCUGAAUGAGGACUGCCAUUCUUGAACCAUUGUGCAUCCUUAACUCUAGAGCCACUCUCGGAACCCAGCCACCAAUAUUAAAAUAUCCAGAUGUUUUUUCAUAACAUACUUUCACCUCUGGGUUUUAUCAUUUUUUUUGGUUGUUUAAAUGGUGUUGGGAGAACAAACUAUAUUUUUUAAUGAAUAAAAAACCUAGGGGUGGGACUUUAUGCUAACAAUGGGGGAGAUCAUAAUUGAUGAAUUUUUUUAUCAUGGCCUGAGAGAGUCACAACAAGAUGUUUUUGCAGAACACUGUAUGCUUGAUGAUUAAUGACAGUGGUAAAAGAAACAAAUUACCUAACGAAUCAUAGUUCAUAAUUAGUGUAUUUGAGUUGUGCCAGACAUUAUGACAACUUGCAGUAUUGUUAAAGUACUGAGAUUCAGUACUUUAUGUUGUACAUUCCUUUUGAUCUGUGAUAUUUUUUGUGAUACAUAAACAUUACCUAUUUGGAUCACCAAUUAAAAUAUCCCAACUUUGACUUUUGUUUGUGAAAAAGACAAUAUAAUUAGAAAGGUUUUUACUUUAAUAAAACCUCUGUAAUUUUAGAAAUAAAAACAUAUUUAUUUGGUGUUCCUAAUAGGCUUAUUUUACUAAACUGUAUUACAUUCAUUUGUUUGUUGUGAACUAUCUAGUGCUAUACACUCAAUGUUUUGCUUUCCUUAACUUUAAUUAGUAUAUAAGCCUUGAACGUGAGCCCAUUCAAAAGAUUUAUGUCAUUUGUUAUCCUUAGCACUGAUUAUUCAUGCAACAACGCAACCAAGAUUUGUGUUGUAUUCCAUAUGCCUGUUUCUAUGAUGUCCAUGAUGACAUGAUAACCAUCCUAAAAAAUUAUGAAGAAAAAACAAUACAAAAAUCAUCCAUUUUGUUUAAAUACUAUUGGUUAUCAUAGCUUCUGAGCAAAGUGCUAAACCAGAUUUGUUAGAAUAUGUAAUGAAAUAGGGUUAAUAGUACAGAGUUUAAGACAAUCUGCAGCCAAAUUCAAGAUUCACUUAGCCUAGCAAAAUAUAACACAAUUAAGAUUUUCUAAAAUUGUAUGUUUUAAUUUUCAAAUUGGCUUUUUGAUGAUUUAAUAAUGAAAUACAGUUGGCCUUUUAGCAUGAUUGCCUAAUUGUUUGAGCUUUUAAAAUGAGAAAAAACUUAUCUUUAUACAAACAUCAAUUUUUGGUCUUGUAGAAAUAAGUUUUUAAAGAAUUUAUUUUUUUUUGAAAAAAAAAAAUCAGUUUUUUCCAUUUGUCUCAAAAGCUCUAAAAAUUAGUUACCGGUAGGUAAUAUAUUCACCAAAUUCAACAUUAAUUGGAAUUUUGUGAUUUUGUGAAUGUCAGCUUACAACCCUGUUAAUACAAUAUACAGGUAUUUAUAUUAUUAUCUCAUUUGUGACUAGUUAAAAUUACUAAGAGUUGUUAUUAUAAUAUCAAACUACAGUAGAUUAAAUACCAGUAUUAUUAUUCAUCAUUGUCAUUUACCUGCAAUAUCAGAGGCACUACAAUUUUAUUUACAGGAAAUGAGCAAACAAUAAAAAGAUAGAUUACAAGAACAAUUUGCAAUAAUGAUACAGUUUUAGGAAAUAUUUAAAAUUAAGUAUACAGUCAAAAUCAAGUCCAAAUCAAGAGUGAACUUGGUUUGUGAAUUGGUAUCACUGCUUUUUAAUUGUACCGUAGGUUAAACAAGAUAUUAAACACUGGGUUGUUUAUUAUUAGUUUUCUAGUCUAUUAUUAAUUGGUUUCAAUUUUUAUAGAAGUGUUUAGUGAAACCUAUUAAAAGAAACUAUAUUAAGGACUCAUAUCUUCCUUUUUAUUAUUAUUAUUGGUUUUCAUGUCUGUUUAAAGAUAAGACAUUCAACUGUUAGUACCGGUAAUGCAUAUUAAGUCUUAAUUUGUUUGUAUGGACAGUAGUAUUGAGUAAAUGUACAGCUUAAUAUUUGUUAAUAAUGAUUUCCAAAGCACUGAUGGAAUAUGUCUUGUGCCAAGGCAGAAACAAAAUCAUAUUUGAUGUUAACAAUAACAUAAACAUGUAUUAUACUGAUGAACAAUGGCAAUUAUUAUACCACAGCAAUAUUUGCCUUUCAUAAGACUAUUUGCAUAUGUUUACAAUUAGAAAAAUGUACUCUACCCACUGGCAUAGCCAGAGGGGGACAUAGGAGAAAAGCACACACACACACACACACCCAUAACCUCUUCCCCCCCCCCCCCCCCCCCCACGUUAAAUAUAUUUUUUCUGUUACCACAUAACAUGCCCCAUAGACAAUGUGGUUGACCCAUAUAAAAUAACAUAACAUAUAAUUAAAAAAACAAAAACAUAUUGUAUUCAAAACUGUAGGAAGUAUGAACUUAAGGAAGUAUGAACUCUGAAUUAUUUUGGUUUUCUGAACUAAUACUGAAAAUUCUGUCCAUUCUCAAAUUUGCAAAUUGAAUGUAUCCUGUAUUUAAGACUAUCAUGUUUUAUUUUCCUUUUUAUGCUUCUAUAGAUUGUUAUAUAUAAUUAUACUGCUAGCAUUUUUACAUCAUAGUGGCAUACUGAUGAUUGAAGCAACAUAUUACAUAUAUUAAUAUGUCCAAUAUAUAUAGUCUCUAAUUCAUUGUAGAUAUAUAAAUAUAUAUUUAUUGUACAGAUAAAAAUAAAACAAUUUUCU